GGGCACGUGUGGUUGCAGCUGCGCCGCCCGGGGCAGGGUGCUCGAGUGUUGAGCUCUCCUCACUGGGUUGCGAGUAGCAGUGAUAGUAUUAGCGUUAGUAAUAGCAUUAGUAAUAGUAAAAGACCUAAUAGCAAUAGUCGUCACCUGAGGGAGCAAAGCCUAGUGCUGCUAAUAAGGAGUAGUCACUAGCUGUAGCCCCUUGCUCGCAGGCUGGAGCAGGCUAGUUAGUGGGGGGCUGGCACUCUCCUCUUCCCUUUCUCUCUACUGAAGGAGUCUGGAGCCAGUUUGCACUGCCAGUGCUGUGCAGCCUGGGCUGCUCCAGAGACCAUCACCAGCCCUGCAUGGCUCUUCUGGACCAAGACGGGACCUCCCUGUGAUAAAGUGUUCCUGUGGGUGCAAUUGCCUGCCUCCCUGCCAUGGAGAACAGGUGCUAUGGCUGCACAUCCAAGUUCACUCUUUUCAAGAAAGAGUGUGGAUGUAAGAACUGUGGGCGGGCAUUUUGCUCAGGAUGUCUUGGAUUCAGUGCCAUUGUUCCUCGGUGUGGGAGUACUCAGCAGAAGGUGUGCAAGCAGUGUCAUGGGGUGCUAACUGGAGGGGCAUCUCAAAGCAGCACAGCAAGAUGGUCCCCACCAGAGAACUACAAAAAGCGUGUAGCAGCUCUUGAAGCAAAGCAGAACCAGCCCAAGAGGCAGCCAAAGGGACCCACAAAACUCCAAGGCCUAGCAGAUCCCAAAUAUCAGGGGCUGUCAAAAGAGGACAGAGCUAUUGCUGAGAGACUGGAGAGGCUCAAGGAGGACACAAAGCCCAAGUCCAUCCCAUCUCAGGCUGAGAUAGAAUCUAGGCUUGCAGCAUUGAAGCAUGACCCCUGCAAACCUGUUCCAUCUACACAGGAGAUGGAGGACCGCCUGGCUGCCCUACAGGGGAGAGUCCCACCCUCCAAGUCUCCAAGACAGGUUCACCAGCCCCCAGACACCAGAACCCAGGUCCAGCAGACCAAUGACCUGCUGACUCAGUUUGCUGAGGAAGUGGCUGUUGAUGAGCAUUGUAGUCCAGGAGUCCAGUCACAAGCUGUUAAUAUCCAGACCCUGAAUGAUCUCAAUCGCAAGAGUGAGAGCGAUAUCUCCAUUACAGAUCUGGACCCAAAACUACUAGAGGAGGAGAAAAAUAAACUUCUGGCAGAGGCUGCUGCUGAGCUAAGGGAGGAGAACACUAGACAAGACAAGAUUCUAGAAGUUGCAAAGAGAUUGGCAGUACUCAGAGGCCAGGACCCUGAGAGAAUUACUCUGGAUGACUAUAAACUCCCAGACAGCGAUGAGGAGAUGGAUGAGGACCAGGCCAUUCAGAGAGUCCUGAAGCAGCUCACAGAGGAAGCAGCUCUGGAUGAAGCAAGUGGUUUCAACAUCCCUCCAGAUCAAACCACCCAGCCUGGAGUCUCACAGCAGAACCUACCCAAGAAAGCAAAGCAGAAGAGUCAAGCUCCAGCCAGCAUAACCACUGCUAAGAAACCCAGUCUGAUGGCUGAGGCAGAAGACAGUAAUGAGGAGGAGUUGCCAUGGUGCUGCAUUUGCAAUGAAGAUGCCACAUUACGUUGCCAUGACUGUGAUGAUGAUCUCUACUGCCAGCGAUGCUUCCGGGAAGGCCAUAAUGAGUUUGAACUGAAGGAGCACCACACAUCUAGCUACCGUCCUCUUCGCAAGCACAAAUGAGUCUGAGUCUUGGCCAGGAAGGAAGAUGGAAAUUAAAGAGGAGAAUUGUCCAGAUGAGAAAUCCAGGAGGGUUUUCAAUUGCAGUUGAAACUAGUGACCUCUUGAGCAACUAAUGGGCUCUCAGUAGUUCUGGAGAAGCUUAAAGAACCAUGUGAUCCCAUUGCCAAAACACAGCCAGGGAAAUGUUGCUGGGAAUGAAGUGUGUGCAUAGGGUAUAUGAGGGUUUAACAUCAAGAAAUGGUUGCAAACAACAAGAACUUAAAAACAAGUGGAGUUUAGGUAAUGCUAGAGCCACGGAUACGGCAUGCCUUUUAAGGCAGCAUGAGGCUGUGUGACAAAUCACGUUUUUCUUUUACUAAUAACAUGCAUGCCUACUCAAAAGAGAAGGUAAAGCAAGUUGUAUUAAGUUAGUUUUUCUUUGAUUAAAAUUUCCAAAGUAUAAUAAAAGGUAUAAAAAGAGGUGAGCGUGGUGAAAGCUUUCCUGGAAUUUAAAGAGUAUCAUUGUGCCAUAAUGUAUAUCCUCCAUUUUAGUGCCAGACAGAUCGCAAUCAAAAUGGAAGAUUUUGCACUUUUUGAAAUACUCUUGGGCAGGUCUGAGAGACCUUGGGGUGGCCUUGUAUAAUGUUGCUGUGAAGAGGGUAUUAAAAAUACUUGCUGUGUUCCA